GCGUGCCCUCCGAGUUAGCCACUAGUGUCACGUUAGCUAACCAGCCUGUCGUGCUCAUCAAGGUGGAGGCUGUCACCCGCACGACUUGCCUGAGCGUGUUGGGUUCGGGUGGCGGUUGCCUACCCAAUGCCGAAAGCCAGAAGAGGCUCCGCGGCGGAGGACAGAAGACCGGAAAUGAGUAGAUAGGACUACACCUCAGCUCGAGUGUGUUUUUUGUUUUGUUCCCCCCACUACAGUUUCGAGUGAGCGCCAUUGUUGACUGGACUCAUUUAAAAGAAAAAAGUAUGAAGAAGUUUUCCAGAAUGCCAAAGUCCGAGAGCGUUGGCGGGAGCCUCGGGGGAGCGUCCGGCUCCGGGCUCACCAGCUACUUCGGCAAAGUGUUCGCCGUCGGCCGGUAUCAAGUCACUGUGGAGGAGCUCGUAGCCGAGGGAGGCUUCUCGGUGGUGUUCCUGGCCCGUACACACAGCGGCGUCCGCUGCGCCCUUAAGCGGAUGUAUGUCAACAACGUGCCCGACCUAAAUGUCCACAAGAGGGAGAUUACCAUCAUGAAGGAGCUGUCAGGCCACAAGAACAUCGUGGGCUACUUGGACUCUGCUGUCAACACCGUAUCAGACAGCGUGUGGGAGGUCCUCAUCCUCAUGGAGUACUGCAAAGCGGGCCAGGUGGUGAAGCAGAUGAACCUGCGUCUGAAUGUGGGCUUCAGUGAGGCCGAGGUCCUGCACAUCUUCUGCGACACAUGCGAGGCUGUGGCGCGGCUACACCAGUGCAAGACUCCCGUCAUCCACCGGGACCUCAAGGUGGAGAACAUCCUGCUAAAUGACCAGGGCAGCUACGUGCUCUGUGACUUUGGCAGCGCCACCCACAAAGUUCUGCAGCCGCACAAAGAUGGCGUGACCGCUGUGGAGGACGAGAUAAAGAAGUACACAACUCUCUCGUACCGGGCGCCAGAGAUGAUUAACUUGUAUGCAGGGAAAGCCAUCACCACUAAGGCUGAUAUAUGGGCGCUGGGAUGCUUGUUGUACAAGCUGUGUUUCUUUACGCUUCCAUUUGGGGAGAGUCAAGUUGCCAUAUGCGACGGAACCUUUAUCGUUCCUGACAACUCCAAGUUCUCACUCAAGUUGCACUGCUUAAUCCGAUAUAUGCUCGAACCAGAUCAGGAAAAGAGACCAGACAUCUACCAAGUGUCCUAUUUUGCCUUUAAGUUUGCCGGAAGAGACUGUCCUGUGCCAAAUAUCUUUAGUUUUCCCAUCCCCACAUCGUUACCAGAACCUCUGACGGCCAGCGAGGUAGCCGCUAAAAAGAGUAUGACGAAAGCAAGAAUACGAGACUGUGUGGGCCCGACGGAGACCUCCAUUGCCCCCCGACAGAGGCCUAAGGCAGCGAACAGUAACGUCUUGCCGCUUGCCACUGUCACGCCUGUCAAGAUGACCAUGGUGCCUUCUGCACCUGUCAGCAAUGGUCAGAAAGCUCCCACACCUGGUUCAGCACAGCCUUCUGUGCAGCCGCAGCCUGGCAGUCAGCAGCACAGAGUCCUGCAGCAGCUGCAGCCGGGCGACCUGCGCCUUCAGCAGCUUCACCACCACCAUCAACAACAACAAGCACUGCAGCAGCAACACAUCAAUGCACAGCAACUCCAAUACCUCCAGUACCAACAGGCUGUGCAGCAGUCCAUCCAGCUGCAGCAGCAGCAGCAACAGGCUUUACUCCAGCAACAGCAGCAGAUGAUGAUGCAGCAGCAACCAAUGUAUCAGCAGAGAGUCGCUCAGGCCACUCAGGCCCAGUAUGCCGCCAUGCUGCAGCAGUACCAACAGGCUUUUGUUCAGCAACAGCAGCAGCAACAACAUCAUCAACCCACAUACAUGUCCUCCCCUGUGGAGUUCCAGGUACCUCUGGGCUCCUACAAUGUGACCACGCCCACCGCAGGGACAGCCCACAUGGGUGCGCCCUCGCCUGCAGAGACAUCCUACUCCAAUCCCAGGACGCCCAUGCUGGCCUCGGACGGCGGCACCCCUCCCUCCCAGAGCAUCAGCCACCCCCCGGACAUGUCGCGCUGGAACCCGUUUGGCGAGGACAACUUCUCGAAGCUGACCGAGGAGGAGCUGAUCGACCGAGAGUUUGACAUGCUCAGAGCAAAAAAGCCUGUGGAGAGAACGGCUAGCGUGGAAGGCGACCGACUCCCACCCGCUUCCGCCAAGUCCCUCCCGACCGAGGACUUGUUUGGUUCGGUGCCAUUUGUGGCCAGCACAGGUUCCGACCUGGCGGGGAGUGAUCCGACGACACCUGAAGUCAUCGUUCCUAUUCCUUCCUCCCGAGAUGAUCGGUCACCACUUACAGUACCCAAAGAGCACAAGUCCAUCAGGAGGAGCAACGGCCAGCCAGGCGACGACUCGGACAGCGAAUUUGAGUCCGACCCGCCUUCGUCUAAAAGCAGCGAGGAGGAAGAGGAAGAACCAGAGGAGCCUGAGGAAGACGAAGGCCCAAUCAGUGAACAUGGUGACGACACCGAGCCGGAGAAUCUGGGCCAGCGACCGCUCUUGAUGGAGUCUGAAGAAGAUGGCGAGGACGAAGACAAGUGUAGUUCUGACUCUGACAACAAGGUGAAGAAUAUUGCCAAGAAGGAAGGUACGACCAGGCGGGGGCGUCAAAGCCAGUCCUCUCCAGGUCUGGUGGACCCUCACGAGUCCCUCGCCUCAGUGGACAUCUUUGGUGCCGUUCCCUUCCUUGACAGAGAGUCCCCUGUUGGAGAUAUCUUUGCCAAAGCACCUUUCCGACAAGUGAGCCUUGAACAGUCACCCGCCGACGAUUUCGAUGUUUUCACCAAAGCGCCGUUCAGCCGGAAUCUCUCCAAGAACGCCAGCGGCCAGACGCCACCCGUUUCCCCCGAUGGUGUGGACGUCUUCGGCUUCGGCCCAUUCCAGCCGGGCGUCCCAUUUCCGACCACGUCCAAGAGCGCCGAGGACAUCUUCUUUCCCUUUGCCGAGGACUCACCACGGCAACAGAGGUUGAAACAGCGCAGCCUCCAGAAGUUGUCAUCGCGCCAGAGGAAAACCAAGCAGGAAGGCACCGGGACGGGCGGCGGCAAGCGGCACCACGGCACCCCCACGGCCGGACGGAAAACUGUAAAACCCGCCAAACCUGCUUUCCGCACCCCGGAUCGAGUCCGGAGACACAAGAAAGUGAGCCGGCGGGACUCUCAGAGCAGCAAUGAGUUCCUAAGUGACUCUAAAGAGAACAUCAGUCUUGAUGUCACCAUCGCAGAAGAUAAGGACAACAGUGCCCAACUCCAAAAGGAUGAGAUUCUGGACCCCUUCGGAGCCAAACCCUUCCACCCUCAGGACGGAGGACGAAACGGAGGCAGCUACCCGGGGGGCCUCCCUGAAAGCAAGAGUGACCUGGGUACCUCCUGGGCAGUGGCUCUUCAUGGGGAUUGUAACACUACGGACGACUUUGGGGCGGUGCCUUUUACGGAAGUGGUGGUCCCUGGCGGACCUCAGCAACAGCCAGUGGAACUGGACCCAUUUGGUGCCGCGCCGUUUCCAUCCAAGCAAUGACUCGCUCUCGUAUGUCUUCCAUUAUGACUGGUCGCUGUUACAUAGGCCCUGAGAUUCUUGUUUAGUCGUGGAACAGACACUGCCUGACUUUUUAUGACCACGUAAAUCCUACGGAAGCACGUUGGAGUCCGCUUAGCUGUUUUAUGCUGCAUCGUUACGGCCGAGAAACAUUAGCAACACGACCAACUGAUUUCUAAAGUGCGACCACUCAAGACCUGUGUUUUUAUUUAGAAACCAGCAUCACGAAACUCCGCUCGGAGGAUGCUAGACCCUUAACGAGGAAAGUAAAACCACAGACGUGACACUUUUGGGGUGGCUCCUUCGUUACGCUCAAACUUUAGCAACCUGACAAACUGUGAUUUCUAACGUACGAACACACGACCCGUUUAUUUUUUAUUUUUUCCAUUUAGCGAGCAGGACCGCAACACGACUCAACAAGACCAGCAAGUCCAAGUCAACUCACUAAAACCACUGACUUAUGUUUUUUCAGGGCCAGUGCCCUGCAUUAUGCUCGAGAAACCUUAGCAACCUGACAGACUGUGACCACUCACAUAUGUUCUGAGUGAAAUAUUCUAGCAGGCCCAAGUCCCGGGCUAAUUUUAAUGGGGAAAUUAAUAGUACAGAUGUUAUUGGGGUGGUUCCCUUUGUUACGGUUGAGAAACAUAAGCCGGCAAACUGAUUUCUAUUGCAUGACAGUUCCACUUGUACAGCAUGUUUUAUUUAACAAGUAGCACUGCGACACAUUGACUGGAGGAUGCUGGAAGUCCUGGGCGGCUUUCUAAAACCACUGAAUUAGUUUUUUGGGGCAGUGCUCUUCGUUACCCUUGAGAAGCAUUAGCAACCCGGCGAACUCUGUCCGACUGUUCCGUUGCCAACCCCGCAGCAACCGUCAAUAUUUUUUGGGACGCUUUAGGUAGAGGUCGCUGAAGGUAUGGUCGACUUGGGCACACCGCCAGUGAGAAAUCCUGAGUUGCGUUUGCGAAACUUUAACAAACCGAAAACUGUGAUUUGUAAUGUGCAACUGUUCCACGAGUGCUGGUCUGAGCAACCAGUCUGUUUUUAUUUAGAAAGUAACACUUAGACAUGAGGCCAUAAGACAGGCAAGCCCACAUUCCUCAGAAACAAGAUUGUUUUGGACCCAUUUGAGGAGAGGCAUGCAUGGUGCCUACCCAGACAGGCAGCACCAGUGGGAUGUUCUUGGGGCGGUGUUCUUCCCUACACUUGAGAAAUCUUAGUAACCCUCCAACUGUGAUUUCUAAUGUGCGACUGUUCCACUCGAAACCUGUUUUAUUUAGCAAGCAGCACCCGACCACGAGCAUCAAUUCCAAGUUAUGGGAGGCCCUUUAAAACCACUGACUGAUGUUUUUUGGGGCCAGUGCCUUUUGGUAUACUCGAGAAACAUUAGCAAGCCUCCAACUGUGAUUUGUAAUGUUUGACUGUUCCACUAGUACUGCCCUAAGCGGCCCUUCUGUUUUUUAUGUAGCAAGAUUCUUUUGGUCCCAUUUGGGUGAAGGUGUCCAGGCGUCUCUGAAAACAAGGUAGGCCUGGAGACCACUAGGGAGAAGUCCUGUGCACCGCCUGUGGGAAAUCCUGGGCCCCACAAGUGGGUCUUGACAGAAAAAUGUAAAGCCAAGAGAUUGGUUUCCGAGUUUGUCAUCUACAGCGGACCUCAACAGCAAGACCACUUUCCAGACACCCUGGUGAGAUUUUGGAUCUCCCUGAAAGUCACCAGUGGGCGCGUCCUGGGUGGCUCGUCACAGGUAACGAAAACCAAGGAUGGAUUUUGGGGUUAUUCCCAUUGUCACCAGUGGGAAGUCCUAGACAGUUCUUCACAGGGGAGAAGUAAAACCAUGAACAGAUUUUGGGGGGUGGGGGGGGGGGGGGGGUCACAGAACUGGCACAAGAGAUAAUGCCGGCGGCCAGACACAGGGAAUUUUGGACCAGCAUUGCAGCAGACAUCUUCCGAACCGGUUCCAAACAAGAAGUGACUCAUUCUUGUGUAAGUCUUCCUGAGCCCCCUUUUUUUUCUGGGUAGGGGGGCAGAAUCAGCAGACACUACCAGCACCUCUUAAAUUCUGUGGAAGAAUUCUGGAGUCUGCAUGUUGUUUUAGCUGUUUUCAUCCUGCAGAAGCAACCUUCUCCAAACUCUGAUUUCUAAUGUGCGACCGUUACACUCACAUCUUUUUUUAUAACAGUAGGACCUUGACUUAGGAGUGCCCCAACUUUAUUUUUCUAGUUAUGGCGUCACUUUGUCAUUUUUCUUUUGUGUUGUUGCGAGCCAAAAUUUGAGUUACAAGCAAGCUUCAGACACGCCAGCGCUUGGAUAAACUUGGUAAAAAAAAUUAUCAAUUAAGGUACUGUAAUCCCCUCGCAUCUCUGCAAGGAGAGCCACCGUUCAUUGACCAAUUAAAACCAAUUAAACUCGUAAUUCAAGGUACCACUGUAGUUCACACCGCAAAGCCUUACUCGAUUUACUAUACGGGAGCGCAUUAGCUGCACAGUACCUCUGGAAACCUUUUUAACCACUUAUGUUUCUUCUUUUUUUUUUUUUUUAUUAUUAUUAAUUCUUGAGUUUUUUCCCUUCUUUUUCUAUGCAUGUCACCAAUGUGGACCAGAUGGGA